AUGGACGGACACAGGAUGAAUUACGUCGCAACUCUGCCUUCCAUCCCCGAGGAGGCCGUCGAAAAGCACGACAUUAUCACAGAAGCCAAUGCCAAGAACUCACCCUUGCUGCGCCUCCCAGGCGAGCUGCGCAACAAAAUAUACGGCUACGCUCUCGCCGACUCUUCCAUUGAACCACUGCUGGACCGGCGGACUGCCUCAGUACACACUCGAACAAACUCGGGCGGGCCCAUGUCCCCCACCGUCUCACUCCUUCGAACAUGUCGUCAGACCCGGUCUGAAGCCGAGUCUCUCUUCUUUUCCUACACAACCUUCGGCUUCAAUUAUGCGCGAUAUGACUUUCAUCGUUUCCUAGGACACAUUGGGCGUGAAAAGAGGGAACUCAUCACGUCGAUUGCCAUGCUAUUCUCUACGCUUGAAUUGCUUGAGCAAUACGAGGGGCGGUAUAAGCUUCCACGGCUGGAGUACGUUUACGUGAGGGUGUCUGCUGAAUAUCAUGAAUACUAUCGCAAGGGAAACACGGAAACACUACAGAGGGUUGCUGGGAUAAUGGGGAAGAAAUUGGGAUUGAAGAUGCUUCGCCUCUCCGACUUAGGUUCCAUGAAACCUCGCGUCCUACCGCCCGACCAAAAAGAUGACCGCGACGAGGACCUCCGCGACGUCGACGACGUCUUCAACAACGACUACGACGAACUCCGCAACUCCAACACCAUCUCCCCACAGAAGCAAAACAGAGACAAAACCACGCACACCAACCAACCCCCCUCACAUCUCCUCCUCCUCCCCGCCGAACUCCGCAACAAGAUCUACACCCUCGUCUUCCUAAACACCACCAUCAACAUCAACAAGCUCCUCACCAAAAAAGACGUGCUCGGCCGCUACCCCAGCGUCCGCGCGGUCCUCUACACCUGCCGCCAGAUCUACAUCGAAGCCAGCACCUUGUCCUUCACUUUGUGUACCUUUGUCCCUAGCUACUUCGCCCUCCGAUUCUUUGCGUCGUCUAAUCUGCCUGCAAGUGGAUUUGGGAGGGUGGAGAGGCUGUGGCUGACAAGGGGGAAUGGGAAAGCCAUCAUCGAGGGACAGGAUGAAAUGAAGGGUGCAUAUCUGAAGGAGUGGUUCGCUUCGCUCAAGCUCUUGGAAAUAGAAGUGUGGCGUCUAAAGGUAAACCUGACGGACGCUCAGGCAAAAGAGAAGGUGAGGGAGGCGUUUGGGCUGCCGGAUCUGCAUGUUGUGGGGAGGCGCGUGGGUGAGGAUGGGGUGGUUGCUGUUUAA